AUGUUAAGAGCUUUCACUAUUAAACUUGUUCCUUACAGCUGCGUUAUUAGACCAACGAGAUCCUUUUCUGCAAGUUCCAUUAGAAAUGGGCUUAAAGUUGGACUGGAAGGUACUGCUAUAGGGCUUACCCAAUCACUAAAAGUAUUGGGGGAUGACCACGUCAACCAUGUAAUCAAGACAGAUUGUUUUGAGUCGCUAGGUGGUGCAGACCUGCAUCCAGAUCCAAUUCAACUGCUUUAUAGUAGUAUCAGUGGUUGUCAAAACAUUACAGCCAAUUUAGUUGCAAAAGACAACGGUAUCAAAGUUGGAAAGGCUAAAAUCACAAUUGAAGCUGAUCAUGAUAUAGUUGAUAAAACACCAGGUAAAUACCCCGGGUUUUUAACAAGUUCAGUGAUUGUCAAUUAUGAGCUUGAAACGGAUGCCAAUGAUGAACAAUUCGAAAGAUUGAGAGAAGAAACAGAAGCUAAAUGCCCAAUUGCCAAUGUUUUCAUCAAUAGCUCUGGAUUGAAGUUCACCAGUAAUUGGAUUAAUGUACCAUUGAGAUAAUUCAAGUGAGGGAGCUGUGUAUCACUAUUUUUUGAAAGUAGUACAAAAUUACAAGUGCUUAAAACCUGUAGGAACAAUGCAAGCCUUCGCAUUUUGAGACGCACUAGCGUCGCCAGCUUUAGUCACCUGACCUGACUUAGGUUUCAGAAAUGUUUGGAUGUUGUACUAACGCUGUUUUUUUUU